AAGUAGACCCAGCAGGAGCAGAGAGAGGAACCCUCCACUGGAUCCUCAUGCUGACAGCCAUCCAAUCCAAAACGCCUAUUCACUAGUGUGGACGUUAAACUGUGCGGCUCUGACAGGAUGGAUUUCUUAGACCGCGGUUACCUGGACGCGCGGUCUCCUUAUGAUUACACCUUUAAUUUUUGGAACGACUACCUCGGGCUGUCGACACUUGUCGCCAAAAAUAAGAUCAACAGUCCGUCCUUCAGCCCUAACUCUAUAACCGAGUCUCUUAAAGCGACUUUGGGACUGGAGGACGAUUCCCCGGUUUGCUCCUGCGUAAUUGGGCACGGCAGGGACACCAACGACGGACCCUUGGACUGCUACUGCGCGGCCCCGAGCUCCCCGCCGAUCUCCAUCUAUGAUCUCAAAGAGCGCAUCUCGCUUCUCAGGCCAUACGAACACCUCGCUAGUGAUUCGCAGCUGGGGGACAGAGAUUCCCCCUCGUACAAGGGAAGCUUCUCUGGCUUCGACCUGCUCGCCAUGGACCGAAGACGCAAACAGGCUCAGAGGGGCAAACCGGAGCCCAAAGUGUGCGUCUUCUGUCGGAAUAACGGCGCACCAGAGGAAGUUUACGGGACCCAUAUCCUGAAGACAGUGGACGGCAGAGUGCUUUGCCCCAUCCUCCGGGCGUACACCUGCCCCCUCUGCAGUGCCAACGGUGACAAUGCGCACACCAUCAAGUACUGCCCGCUUUCUAAAGACCAGCCGAGCCAGAGAGUGGCAAAGGGGGGCAGAGCGAUUGGCAAACGGCUGAAAAUCUUCUGAGCCAGCAGAUGAAGUUAAUGACGUUUGAGUGGCACUGUCUGAAAUUACUAAUGUCUAUGGCAGUAAAAUCGCUCCAUUUGACGCACAAGACAAGUCUGGAAAAAGAAAGAAACGAUCUGAAGAAAUAAGAUUUCUAUUCUUUUUUUUUUUUUUUUUCGUUUUGUACAUGUAACAGCUUCAUUUCCAAUGUUUCUGUCUAUACUGUAACUGUGGGCACAUAGUUUACACUUGGACGCACUGCGCGUAAUAUAACCCCCAGCACUCUUUAAAGACUUGGUGAUUAAAAAAACGAACCAAAGUACUGUACAGAUCGACCUGUGAAUGAUCGCCUUCAUGCUAUAAUCAGAAGUUGCUGUGUUUCAAGUAACGCAGUGCCAGUGCAAACAGCCCAGAGUAUGUCAGCGGGCUGCUCUUGCCAACAUAAAUGAAUAUGCAGCACUCCUGAUAUGAGGUGAAUGUUUAGUCCCACAGCCCAUUGGCCCCAUGGAUGUAAGAAGUGUGUCAGGUCGUGCAAGAGAUGCAAGAGCUACUUCUUUAUGUCCUGCACAUGUUUUUUCUCCCUUCCUUGAGAUCUAUGUUUUCUACCAAAGGAAUACACUUUUUGUAUUGCAACUUAGCCUAAAGGUA